UAUAAUAGUUGGCAUUUUAAACAAUCACGUAAACAAAACUAUUCACCCAAAAGAGUCUACUUAAUUAGUCAUUCUGGGUUCUAUAUUUUUCACAAAAAGGCCCACUCCAGCUCCAGGCGGAACAAGUGGACCAAACCUAACCUACCCGCUCUGGAUGAUAAGGACCCGUCCUACUUGGGCUGACAAAAGUUGCGUGGUUGUUAUUUGAACCCAUUUUCGUUUCAAAAUAUGGAGGAUGUGCCAUUUAGAUGACAAUAAUUCACCCCUGUCACCCAGUGAAGUGAUACAGCCGUGGCCCCAAUGUCAGAGAACAAAACCACUAUAUAAAACUGUGUUCUCAAAUUGUUGGACUAUGUAAUGAAAAAAAGAACUCAGGUGUGACAUAUCAGGCAUUUGUACCAGGUAGCACUAUAUAGGAGCCUACACGUACAGGUAGAUUACACGUAUUCCUAGCCGGUAGGGCAACAUUCAAGUAGAAAAUAUGGGAGUUGUGUCGCACGUUGUUAUUUUCUCUGCUUUCUGCUUAUUUGCUGGCCACGUGGCCAUUUGUUUUGCCGAGGAGAUACCUGGACAUUUACAGUAUUUAGGGUCUCACCGGCCUGCGGAAGGAACGAUUGGCAUCAAAGACUUUUGGCCCGACCCGGCGACAUUUUACAACAACUACAUUAAACCCGGCAAACCACUUCUAUUUAAAGGGAAAGCUAAAGGUAUCCCAGCGUUCAACUUAUGGACCGAUGAAUAUCUACGGAAUAAGUACGGGGAUAUCAAGAUCGACAUUGAAAAGGGAAAGAAGGAGACUCGGCAAGGAGGCAUGCUGCGUGUGCCGAUGUCCACCUUCCUAAAUUUAUACAAAGAAGCCAAUAUCUACAUGGUCUACAGCUUGGGUUCUAAAAUGAUGGAGGAGUUUCACCUCCCGAAGCCCCUCUUGUGUGGUGGCUACACCAAAAUCCUGCAGGACGCUGUGCUGUGGUUUAGUAGCGGGGGUACUAAGUCAGUGCUGCACAGCGACGAUAUUGACAACAUCAACUGUCUCAUGGAUGGAACCAAGCGGCUGAUAUUUAUUGAUAAAAAGUAUAAAGAUUUGGUGGAAAAGGAUGGUUUCAGAGAAGACGGCGGGUAUAGCUCUGUGGAUGUUGAGAAAGUUGACAUGGAAAAAUUCCCAAGCUUUCGGAAUAUACCUUGGUCGGAAGUCACCAUGGAUAAAGGCGACUGCCUUUUCAUCCCCACAGGGUGGUACCACCACGUUUCCUCAACAGGUCCGCGUAAUCUUGCUAUCAACAUCUGGUUCACCCAUCUUCCCAAGUUCAACCACACAGACUGCGCGGUGCCAGGGGAGCUUCCAGAAUCCUUACCCCUCACUAAAUUCAAAGUAGCUUCUCUAAAUUACGAUAAUGAAGAAGUGAGGGGCGAGCUAACUGACUUAUUGAGGCCAUUCAAAGACCAAGAAAUCAGUAAAGAUGAGUUUCUGGACGCAACCAAAGAAGCCCAAAGCGAUCUUCAGCGGGAUGAGUGGAUAAACAUUUUUGAUUUUAUUGAUGGGAAUAAUGAUUCGCUUCUGGACUGGAUGGAGCUGAACUCCUUUGACAUUGACGAGUUCAUCAAAAAAUUCCCGAAUUUUCAAGUUAAUGAUGAGGCAAAGAAUUCGGGUGAAAACGAGAAAAAACAUGAAGAAUUAUGAAGUAAUACAUUGUUCACAGCCCGCUAGUUGCUUACGUGCCCCCCCCCCCCCCCUCCUUUUUUUUCUUUUUUAGUGUCACUUACGAUGGUGGUGAGUUUCUGAUGUAUCAUCCUUCUAUAUUUAAUAAUAGCAGAUUCGUGGUCAACACAUGUAAAGACCAUUAUUAUUCAGAUGUAUGAUAUCUGUAAGAAUUUUGCUAAAUGGUAUUUGGACAUAUAAUGUUAACAGCUUUAAUGGCAAUAAUAAAGUUUUCAAAAAGAA